AAAUGAAUAGCGAACUCACUCUAUCCAACAAUGUUUUCCUUGAAAGAACUAGUACUUGGGAAGAGUUGAAAAAGACAAGUGAGGAGGGUUUGUUUUAUUUAAAGCACUUAUUGGAAGUGUAUUCGCAAGCUGAUGUUGGCAACUUUUCAAAAGAUGACCUUAAUUCGUUGAAGAGAAUGGCUUGUGACUUUACAGAUUCAAAACAAGAAGCAGCGUUGUAUUUGGAGGCCAACAGGACUUGUCAAAGAGUUUUCUCCACUGGAAGCACAAGAAGAGAAAAGUCUUCUUCGGAAGUGAAUAAUAUCUUGACAAUAUAUGAGCAAGUGGUCCAAAAGUUCCAAAACGAGAAUAGGAGCGAAAUGAGUGAAGAAUUGAAGAGACUUGUCAACUUCAUGGAGACUCUUCAAGAGGGAGAAGUAGUUUCUUCAGUCUUUCCAUCGGACGAGAAGCAUUUUACUUGUCCUAUAUCACAAAGUAGACUUGUUGAACCUGUGAAAAAUAAGGAAUGUCUUCAUACAUACUCAAGACAAGCGUUGUUGGAAUAUUUGAAACAUCACAAAACUUCGAAGAAACAAACUUGUGUUCGUUGUCCAGUAGCUUUUUGUGACAAGUUGGUUUCUCUGGAUUCGAUAGAGCCGGAUCAUGAAAUGGAAAAACUCUUAAAGGAAUGGUCAAGUCGCCUAGAAAAAGGAACAAACCCUCUUGGAGCAGUUUCAGUAGAAGAGUUUGUAUCAUCUUGAUAACUUUUUCACAAUACAUAUAUUCUCAAGUUUCAAUAUACUGCACAGGAGAUGGAAAAAUAAAUUCUUCUCCACUCGAUAUCCAAAGAAUAUCUCCAGGACAGACUUCAUGUAAUGAA